UCAUAUGUAGUGAUUGUGCAGAACGUAUUGACGUGAAAAUGCGUGUUGCAGUAAUUUUGGCGGCCAUCUUGGGCUGCAGCUUAGCUGUCCCUGUAAAGGAACUGACUCUUAGGCAGAGAUUGGAGUCUCCUGAUGUGAGCACCCGUAACACAGCUUUGACGGAUAUCAUUAACGAGGUGCUGGACCUGAUCCGGGAGCUCCUGAUCCACGGUACCGGCGACAUCCCCCCGCUCGACCCCCUGCACGUAGAGCGGAUCAACCUGGACGGCAGCACCAUUGGUUUCCCUGAAGCCUACCUCCUCCUCGAAGGCUUAUCAGUGAAUGGCCUGAGCUCGUUCGUGGUGGACGAGUUGGUGACAAGCUCUUUCCUACUGCGUUACACCGUCAACUUCGACAUAAGGGUACCGUCCGUUGUCGUGGAGACACAAAACUAUGACAUGUUUGUGAAAAUCUUUGGCGGAGAAAUCUUUGGCAAUGGAGACAUGAAGCUGAGUAUCGUGAGCCCCAGAGUGAAGGGUUCCGUGGUGGUAGGUGUUCGUUUCACGUGGGGCGGCGCCUACAUCACCAUCCAUGACUGCAAUGUUGCCAUCGGCUUGGAAAGCUUCGAGCCUGUCAUCACCGGUAUGUUCGGUAACCAGAUGAGCAGUGAGUUCGUGUCUGAGUUCUUGAAGAACUUGAUCCCAGAAAUUAUAGACUACUUCGAGGACGAGAUCAGCAACGCAAUCAACACGGCGGUGGUGACGAUCGGCAAUGACAUCCUCGGCGACCUCAACCUCAUCGACAUCAUCGGCGAUCUACUACCGUGAAUAAUCACUAUGUUGUUAAAUUAAUAAUUAAUUUGUUAUUUUUCUGCAUGUUGAAUUAUUACACAUAAGUGGUUGUUAUUUAUCUGAAAUAAAUAACAACCACUUACGACUCAAUCUUACGAUACCUUUAAAUAAAGAAACAAAAAAACAACCA